AGUGGAUGAAAGGGAAUCAUGCGCCCAAUUACUACCUCAAUCAUUUCACGCACCAUGUACCCAUCAUUCGAGCAAUCAUGCUUGGUAUUCGAGCAAUGGGUCCAAAACCUCAAAUCCCAGAUCGCCUCGCCCAUCCAGGACCCUCAAAUCGAUAUCCAGUGCCCCCCUAGACAAAACCGCGAGCAACAUUACGGUUAUCGCAUCGACCAAAGUUUCAUUGUCGCCUUUGAGAACGAGAUCAAGAAGUUCAUCGAUCCCGCCGAUUUUUAUGAUCCUUCGUGCGCUUCGUUCAACUCGUUGACUCGGAAUUGGAUUUUGAAGGAGUUGCGCCUCCAUCAAUUGGAUUACAAGUGCUGUGUCGACCCGGCCUUGGAGCUUGAGGAUUCAGUGCAUGAAGACUCGGAGGGAGAGGUAGAAGGAAUAGUUGAUGAAAAGGAAGACGACGCAAAGACUGGCGAGGGCGAGGGCGGUGUAAUUGGCUACGAAGACACCAAGGAAGACGAGACCAAGGCUGACGAAGAUGUGGGCGACACCUAUGACCACGAAGAUGAAAAGGACGACGACACCAAGACUGACGAAGACCAGGGCGACACAACCCACUACGAAAACGAAAAAGACGACGAUCCAAAGACUGACGAGAAUCAGGGCGACACAACCCGCUACGAAGAUGAAAAAGACGACGAUACAAAAACUGACGAAGAUCAGGGUGAUACGACUCACUAUGAAGAUGAAAAAGAGGACGAUACAAAGACCGACAAAGAGGAGGCCAACACUCAUGACCACGAAGACACAAAAGAGGACAACACAAAGACUGACGAAGAAUCAUCGUCUCCCUAUGAAGACGAAAAGGAGGACGAAGACGAGGGUUAUACAAGCCACGGCGAUGGUGACCAAACUGAAUUUAACGAGGCCGACGACGAACUUGAACUUGAAAAUGAGUGCAAGUACGAUUCGGUGGUGGUAGUCAUCUCCGUCUGUUCAGACAAUCCCGUCAGCUUCCAAGCACGACCAACACAAGCGCAAAUGGACAUGAUGACGACGUUGCUCGCCCAACCGCCCCAAUGGUGGGUGAGCUAUAGGGACAUUUACUAAAAUGUAGGAACAUGUGAGGAAUAUCAACGUUUGUACUUACAAACCCCCGCUUCCAAGUUACC